AUGCGUAUCAAUUCCUUGAUUGUGCUCGUCCUUGCCUCUGUAAUAGUUCGCGCGCUACCUACGAGUGACGCCCGUUCGAAACCUGGCGGCAUUCGUAAAACGAGCCAAAAAUCUGGUUCACAAGUCAGCCCUAAUGCCCGCUUGAAAAAAAAAGUCACCUUCAAGGAUCCUUUCAGAGGCCAAACACUCUACAUCAUGCUUGAAUCUGAAACAAUGGCACCCGAACAUGACGAGGACUCGAAAGAGGCUAACAAGCAGAUCGUCCAAUUCCUACACUAUCCGGAUAUUUGGGAGGUCUUGAAUCUAUCCAAGUACGAAAAACUCGACUCUGAAGGUCCUCAUUCAAACGAUGCAUUAAACAUCCGCAUUCAUGGUCAUCCCCACCCCGAACACGAUAAACACGAGCUCCACUUCACCAUUACGGGACCCGAACGAUGUGGUAGCGAGACCUCUGGAUGUCGAGUAAAAUUUCUUAGAGAGUUGCCUGGGAGCAGCUAUACAGUGACGAACCAACGUCCAGGCGAAGUGGCAAUGAUUCUUGCGGAAGAACCGAAUUGUGGGUGA